CGUACUGAACGCCCUCUCUCUUUCAACAGAAAAGAAUCCCUAUAUUUUCUUUCAUUUUUCUCUGUCAUUAUGCUUUCUUCCUCUCAAAAUAAGUAAAAAUGCAAGAAAACUCCAAAGAUGCUCGAAACGGCGGCGACUCGUUGUCGACAACGCCAACGCAGGUCUCCAAAAAACCACGCGUCAGCUUCUCCAUAACAGAACACGAAAUCCACCAUGAAUUCUCUCACCACAACCCUAAUGUAGCCCGAAUUAACAACGGUAGCUUCGGUAGCUGCCCCGGAUCCGUACUUGCUUCUCAAAAGAACUGGCAGCUCCAGUUCCUUCAACAGCCUGACGACUUCUACUUCAACACUCUCCGUAAAGGAAUUCUCCACUCACGUACUGUCAUCAAAGACCUCAUCAAUGCUGACGACGUCGACGAGAUCUCCCUUGUAGAUAACGCCACCACUGCCGCCGCCAUCGUCCUUCAACAAAUUGGGCGUGCCUUCGCUGAAGGUAAUUUUGCUAAAAACGAUACCGUUUUAAUGCUUCACUGUGCUUACCAAGCUGUUAAAAAAUCGAUUCAAGCUUACGUCACGCGUGCUGGGGGUUCUGUUAUCGAGAUUCAGUUACCGUUUCCGGUUACUUCGAACGAGGAGAUAAUUUCGGAGUUUAAGAGAGGAAUAGAGAAAGGCAAAGCUAACGGUAAAAAAAUUAGGUUAGCGAUAAUUGAUCAUAUAACGUCGAUGCCGUGUGUUGUUAUUCCGGUAAAAGAGUUGGUUAAAAUUUGCAGAGAAGAAGGUGUGGAUCAGGUUUUUGUUGAUGCAGCUCAUGCUAUUGGUAGUGUUGAAAUAAAUGUUAAAGAAAUCGGGGCUGAUUUUUAUGUCAGUAAUUUGCAUAAGUGGUUCUUUUGCCCCCCAUCGGUUGCUUUUCUGUAUUGUAAGAAAGCAGCGAGUUCGGAAUUUGAUGUACACCAUCCGGUUGUUUCACAUGAGUAUGGAAAUGGAUUGCCGAUAGAGAGUGCGUGGAUUGGGACUAGGGAUUAUAGCUCACAAUUAGUGGUGCCGGCAGCUUUGGAGUUUGUUAAUCGAUUUGAGGAUGGGAUUCAGGGGAUAAUGAAGAGCAACCAUGAGGAGGUUGUUAAGAUGGGGAAAAUGCUGGCCGAAUCAUGGGGGACAAAUCUUGGUUCUUCACCGGAGAUGUGUGCGGGAAUGAUCAUGGUUGGCCUGCCUUCGAGAUUGCGUGUUUCAAGUGAAGAUGAUGCUUCGAGGUUAAGAUCGCAUUUGCGUGAGUGUCAUGGGGUUGAGGUUCCCAUACAUUAUCAGGGUUUAAAAGAUGGUAAGGAGGGAGUGAAAGAUAAGGAUGGGGUUAUAACAGCGUAUGCUAGGAUUUCUCAUCAGGUUUAUAAUAAGUCUGAGGAUUAUUGCAAGCUUAGGGAUGCUGUAAAUCGUCUUUCUGAGAAUCUACUGAUUCGCAAAACGUUUUGUCCAGAGUGAGAAGCUGCCUUGAUUGACUAAAACUCAUGUCUCCCUGGUUAAUUGAUGCCGGUGGAUGGUCACAGUGAUGGACUUAUUCUGGAUCCUUGGUGUAUCAAUCACUGUAGCUAUGGCAAUAACCUGUGAAUGUCAGCAUUCUCUUAGCAAGGUUUCUGCUUUCAACCAAUUUACCUAUAUUUUUCCAUUUUUCUGCCAACUCAGUCAUGACUUGCGUUGUUGUUUCACAUAUAUUUGUAGGUAUGAGGUAAAUGUUAAAAAUUCAUUUAAGCAUAUUUGUACUCCAUUGUGUUGAACUGAAGAGAUGCAUUUCCAAUAUGAACAACAUAGAUUGCAGGGGCAUGUCAACUUCACAACUCAAUCUUUUGAAAGAGGUGCUUGAUUGCAACCUAGAAUGAUUAUAUGACCUCUCAACUUUCUUUCCACAGUUAAA